AUGCUUCUCUCUGUCAGGAACCUAGCUCAAAAUUUCCUUACAGGCCCUCUCUCUCUUGCAAUUGGAAAAUUGGUUCGAAUGGAAUGGCUAACUUUUGAGAUCAAUGCCCUGUCAGGCCCCUUUCCCAAGGAAAUUGGUUUUCUUAAAGAAUUGAAAUCGCUUGGUAUUGGUCUAAAUAACUUUUCCGGUUCUAUACCGGCUGAGAUUGGGAAUUGUAAGAAACUACUGAAUAUAUACUUAUCAAAUUCAGGACUUAGAGGAGAAAUACCUUCAUCAUUUGCAAGUCUUAUAAACCUGGAAGACGCUGCGAUCACUGAUCUGGACAUUACUGGUCGGAUGCCGGAAUUCAUAGGAACAUGGACCAAACUUAAAAUCUUUAAAAUUCUCGGAACUGGUUUGAGCGGUCCGAUACCGUCGUCAUUUUCCAACUUAACUUCUUUGAGCGAACUGUUUCUGGGAAACAACACGUUGAAUGGUUCUUUACCCACUCAGAAGAGCCAGACUUUGAGCAAUAUAGAUGUUUCGUACAACGAUUUGGCUGGCAGUCUUACUUCAUGGGUCAGCUUACCAAAUUUGAACCUCACCCUUGUUGCUAACAACUUCACCUUGGAGAGUCUUGACAUGAGGGUUUUACCAGGACUAAGGUGCCUGCAGAAGAACUUCCCCUGCAAUCGAGGCAAAGGAAUCUAUUCUAACUUUUCAAUCAAGUGCGGAGGGCCACAGAUACAAUCCCUUACAGGAGAAGUAUUUGAGAGCGAGGAAGAGGAUCUUGGAUCAGCUUCAUUUUUCGUGAAUGAUGUUAACAGAUGGGCAAUCAGUAGUGUAGGACUUUAUGCCGGGAGAAUCAAUAACUUGUGGGUUAUCAACGGGUUGGACGGAGAGCUUUUUCAGACCGCAAGACAAUCUUCAUCUUCAUUAAGAUACUAUGCGUUGGGGCUAGAAAAUGGAGACUAUACCGUAAAACUUCAGUUUGCUGAAACAGAAAUCACUGGUUCUAACGGAAGACUUGUUGAAAAAGACAUUGAAAUACGCAGAACAGAUGGUGAUACUCCUGUCCGACCAGUUCAGAGAGAAUAUAAAGCAGCCGUAUCCGAUAAUUAUCUUGAAAUCAAUCUUUUCUGGGCUGGCAAAGGAACAUUUACUAUUCCUUUUGUAGGUACUUGUGGGCCACUAAUAUCGACCAUCAGUGCAAAAACAGAUUUUAUACCAACUGUGAGCAACAGACCACCAUCAAAGAAAAAGUAUAAGUUAAGUACUGUUGUGGGUGCUAUUGUUGGCCUAGGACUUCUAAGCAUCUUCGCGAGCGUGGUUAUCUUCAUCAUCCGAAAAAGCCGUAAACGUUACACUGAUGAUGAAGAGAUGCUUAAUAUGGACGUAAAGCCUUACACUUUUGCUUACUCUGAACUUAAAAGUGCCACUCAAGAUUUCAAUCCCUCAAACAAGCUUGGAGAGGGAGGAUUUGGGUCUGUUUAUAAGGGGAACCUGACUGAUGGAAGAGAAAUUGCUGUGAAAGUGUUGUCGGUUGGAUCCCAACACGGGAAGGGACAAUUUGUUGCAGAAAUCAUAGCAAUUUCUUUAGUUAGACAUCGCAACCUAGUAAAGUUUUACGGGUGCUGCUAUGAAGGAGAUCAUCGCUUGCUCGUCUAUGAGUAUCUUCCAAAUGGAAGUCUCGAUCAAUCAUUAUUUGGAGGGACUUUACAUCUUAAUUGGUCAACCCGUUUUGAGAUAUGCAUGCGAGUAGCCAGAGGUCUAGCAUACCUCCACGAGGAGGCGACUGUUCGCAUAGUACAUAGGGAUGUGAAGGCCAGCAACAUUUUGCUCGACUCUAAGCUGCUCCCAAAAAUUUCUGAUUUUGGGCUUGCAAAGCUAUACGAUGACACGAAAACUCACAUAAGUACCCGAGUCGCCGGAACUAUUGGAUAUGUCGCACCAGAGUAUGCCAUGCGUGGACACCUAACAGAGACAACAGAUGUGUAUGCCUUUGGUAUUGUGGCCCUUGAGUUGGUGAGUGGAAAGAAAAACUCUGAUGUGAACCUGGGGAAUGAGAAAAAAUAUCUUCUUGAAUGGGCAUGGAAUCUACACGAGAAAAGGCGUGAAGUUGAACUAAUUGAUCAAGCGAUUACUGAAUUCAACAUGGAAGAAGUAAAACGUGUGAUAGGAAUUGCUCUACUGUGCACAUACUCUUCUCAUUUCCUGAGACCACCGAUGUCCAAAGUGGUGGCUAUGCUUUCAGGAGACACUGAGGUCAGCGAGGUAACCUCUAAGCUAGGCUACCUAACCGAGUGGAGAUCUGAUGACACCUCAAGCUCCUCUUUUAGCGCCUUUCAAACUAAAGAAACAGGCGCUUCUGCAUAUAACUCGACGAGCUUUGUGAUGCCUAGUGACAUCGGCUUUAAGAAAAUGCUUGGAGUCAAGAUAAAAGAGGGGAGAUGA